AACUGUAUUGUUCAAAUUUUUUUUACUGACCUGUUUGGUGUAACAGAAUUUUUUCUUCUUGCCACCAUGUCCUAUGAUCGAUAUGUAGCCAUCUGCAAACCCCUACAUUAUGUGACCAUUAUGAACAACAAGCUCUGUAGAAGUCUCAUCCUCUGUUGCUGGACAGCUGGCUUGUUGAUCAUACUCCCACCAUUUAUCCUGGGACUAAAUCUAGAAUUCUGUGACUCAAACAUCCUUGACCAUUUUUUCUGUGAUGCAUCCCCUCUUAUAAAGAUCGCAUGCUCAGAUACACGGCUCAUAGAACAGAUGGUCAUAGUUAGUGCUGUGUUGACCUUUAUCAUGACCCUUGUAUGUGUUGUUCUGUCCUACAUAUACAUCAUCAAGACUGUUCUAUGCUUCCCUUCUUCCCAGCAAAGGAAAAAGGCAUUUUCAACCUGCUCUUCCCAUAUGAUUGUGGUUUCUAUCACCUAUGGAAGUUGUAUCUUCAUCUAUGUCAAACCCUCAGCAAAGAGUUCAGUGGCCAUUAAUAAAGGUGUAACAGUCCUCCUGACUUCCAUUGCUCCUAUGCUGAACCCGUUCAUUUAUACACUGAGAAACAAGCAAGUGAGACAAGCCUUCAAUGAUUCAGUCACAAGAAUUAAAUUGCUCUUAAAGAAGUCAGAAAAUAUGCUAAUAUAA